UAUCACUUUCUCGGCCGCCCACCGCGUUUCGAUUUCAUGCCUCAUCCAGUUUUCAGGUCGAUAUUGCGCCCGCCCAUGGGACCGCUGCUUCACUGGCGGAUACUAUCUGCGUGCCCCGCUGACUUUGCAUCACGCCCACGGUAUAUAUCAGUCAAAACUUUGCCGUCCGGCUGUCCCUCUUGCCAAGCGCCAUUGCCGACCCCCUUACCUGCUUGUCCCAAGUGCUUCUAUAUAGCACAAGUCAGUCCGAAUCAGACAUACUAUCAAGUCUUAGAUGCUCCAUAUGAACCCAAUCCUUUCCUGGUCGAUCUUGGGAAGUUGAGAACGCAGUAUCGUAAUCUACAGUGGUGCGUCCAUCCUGAUAUCUGGACAGCUCGAGGCGAGGACAAGGUGUAUGUUGCUCGUUCCCUAUCGGGUUUAGCAAACAAGGCAUACAAAACUCUUAAGGACCCCUUGUCUCGUGUUGAAUAUAUCCUACGUCUAGAGGACACAGAGCUUUCAGAGACAGACCAAACCGAUGACCAACAACUCAUCAUGGAGAUCAUGGAAGCAAGGGAAGCUUUAGAGGAGGCAGCGUCCCCAGCGGACGUUGAGAGCGUUCGAGCAGAUAAUCAUGUUAAGAUAAUGCAGACCAUCAAAGAACUUGAGCGCCUAGUAGGGUCAAAGGAAUGGAAGAGGACAAGGAUCGCGGCUGUGCGAUUAAAGUAUCUGAGCGGGAUUGAGGACGCGGCCAAGGGAUCAGAUCAUUCAGAGUAAGGUGCUGGGCAGCGGGAUCAGCAUUGCAUAUUAUAUUUUGAAGGGCCAUUCUAUAGCAGAGGAGGCCAUCUGAAGAGUAUAGAAAUCCUACUGAAAAUUCCAUAGACUAAAGAAGGAAUGCGUAUUUAUGUCACGCCGUCGAUAUCGACCGAAGCUCUUCAUUCGUUUUUAUUUUU